AUGCCUCCCAGAGUACCCACACGCGCGCUCUUCAACCUCCCCCUCGCCAACCCCCAGGCGUCGGGCUCCACCUCUUCAGCAGCAUCGCGCACCAGCCGCGUCUCGCCGCCGACCUCGCCGCGGAUCGCCGGCCAGCGCGCGCUGCACACCACUUCGGCUGGGCCAAGCAGGCGUCUGAGCUCCAAGGCCAGCAGCAGCCGUCUCGAACGUCAGACCUCGCCGAACGCGACGCGCGCCCGUGGAUUCCACGCCACUGCUCCCAGCUCGGCGCCGCAGAAGAACCCGUACGAGGUGCUUGGCGUGGCCAAGGACGCCAGCUCCGGCGACAUCAAAAAGGCCUACUAUGGUCUGGCCAAGAAGUGGCACCCGGACACGAGCAAGGAGAAGGACGCUGCGGAAAAGUUCCAGGAGAUCCAGGCGGCCUAUGACAUCCUCUCGGACCAGACCAAGCGUGACGCGUAUGACCGCUACGGCUCGGCGUCGACGCAGGAAGGCUUUGACCCCAACAUGUUCGCGCGCGGCGCCGGCGGCUUUGGCGGGUUCCAGGACUUUGGCUCUGCGUUUGGCGGCGGCCGCGGCGGCAACCCUGCCGACCUGUUUGAGCAGCUGUUUGGCGGCGCGUUCGGCGGCGGCGGCAUGGGCGGCGGUGGCGGGUCGCCGUUUGGCGGCGCAGGCCCGCGUGCGCGCCAGAUGCGCGGCGACGACCUCGAGGCGGACGUUGCGCUGUCGUUUAUGGACGCCGCGGCGGGCACCAAGACCAAGAUCACCAUUACGCCCGUCGUCGACUGCCCGCCGUGCCACGGCUCGGGCCUCAAGGCCGGCGAGCAAAAGUCGACCUGCUCCGUCUGCCGCGGUACGGGCCAGCAGGCGUUCCAGGUGCAGGGCAUGUUCAUGGCCUCGACCUGCUCGGCGUGCCACGGUACCGGCACCGUCAUCCCGCCCAAGGCGCGCUGUGGCGAGUGUGGCGGCGUCGGCCGCGUCAAGGAGAAGCGCGAGAUCGACGUCGACAUCCCGGCCGGCAUCGAGGACGGCAUGAAGAUCAAGAUCCCCAAUGCGGGUGACAUGCCCCUCUCGGCGUCGGGCCCGCCCGGCGACUUGUACGUCCGCGUCACUGUCAAGCCGUCGGCCCAGUUCCGCCGCCAGGGAACCAACAUCUACCACGACGCAAAGGUGCCCCUCCAGACCGCCAUGCUCGGCGGCAAGGUCCGCAUCCCCACGCUCGAGGGCGAGGUCGACGUGCGUAUCCGCGAGGGCACCCAGUAUGGCCAGGAGGCCGUGCUCAAGGGCCGCGGUGUCAAGAACGUCUACGGCAGGAAGGGCGACAGGGGCGACCUGAUCGUUACUUGGAAGGUCCAGAUUCCCAGGUCACUCUCCUCGUUCCAGAAGAAGAUCCUGCAGGCCUUUGCCGACGACGUCGAGGGUCGUACCCCCAACAUCCACUUUGACGGCGAGCCAGGUACGCGUCGCGACACCUACACUCCCCCCUCUUCCUCUUCCCCCCCUCCUCCUCCCCCCAACUCCAACUCCAACUCGUCCGGCGGCAAGCCCCGUUCCGGCUCGGUCCCCGAGCUCGACCCAGAGGCGCACUCGGGCCUCCACGGCACGGCCGACAAGGUCGCGCACGCGCUGGGCGGCGCGCUGGGCUGGGCCGAGAAGAUGUUUGGCAAGGGCAGCAAAAAGGACAAGGACGACAAGGACAAGUCGGUAACAGGUGCCUCGAACAGCGUUGACCCGGCCGCAGCGGACUCGACGGGCUCCACCACCAGCAACACCGCCACGGGCAAGAAGACACGGGCACGGAGCAUUAAGCGUGACGAGCCGCCUCACCCGGACAAGCCGCGCAAGUCCGAGGCCGAGCCCGAGGCGCCCAAGGCUGCCGAGGACGAGGUGACCGCCAAGGAGGAGGAGAAGGCGAAGCUCGCCGACGCUGCCGACGCCGACAAGCCUGAGCCCAAGCCUGAGCCCCAGGCUGAGGCCAAGCCCGAGACCACGGAGACCGCCGAGACCGCCGAGAAGCCCGAGACCCCAAAGACGACCACAGGCGAUAAGAAGACGGCGCCUGCGUCGUCCGACGCAGACGAGAAGAAGAAGGCGACAGGAUAA